CCGAGCCGGCUGAGGAUAACGGCCAGGGGUGCAAGUGGGUCCCGCCGUGAGGCGAUCCGGGAUCCCGCCCCAGCUGCUACCUGGUCCCCACCAGCUUGGCAGCUGUGUCGAGUCCAGCACGGCUAGGGGCGCGCUCAUGGAGCACACGCACGCCCACCUCGCCGCCAACAGCUCGGCUUGCGGCUUGGGCUUCGUGCCGGUGGUCUACUACAGCUUUUUGCUGUGUCUCGGAUUACCAGCAAAUAUCUUGACAGUCAUCAUCCUCUCUCAACUAGUGGCCAGGAGACAGAAGUCCUCCUACAACUAUCUGCUGGCACUUGCUGCUGCAGACAUCUUGGUCCUCUUUUUCAUCGUCUUCGUGGAUUUCCUGUUAGAAGACUUCAUUCUGAGCAUGCAGAUGCCCCAGAUCCCUGACAAGAUUAUAGAAGUGCUGGAGUUCUCCUCCAUCCACACCUCCAUUUGGAUUACAGUCCCCUUAACUGUUGACAGAUAUAUCGCUGUCUGUCACCCACUCAAAUACCACACCGUUUCCUACCCAGCCAGGACCCGAAAAGUCAUUGUGAGUGUUUACAUCACCUGCUUCCUGACCAGCAUCCCCUACUACUGGUGGCCUAACAUCUGGACUGAAGACUACACCAGCACCUCCAUGCAUCAUGUCCUUGUCUGGAUCCACUGCUUCACUGUGUACCUGGUGCCCUGCUCCAUCUUCUUCAUCUUGAACUCAAUCAUUGUGUACAAGCUCAGGAGGAAGAGCAACUUCCGCCUCCGUGGCUAUUCCACAGGGAAGACCACUGCCAUCUUGUUCACCAUCACCUCCAUCUUUGCCACCCUCUGGGCCCCCCGCAUCAUCAUGAUUCUCUACCACCUCUAUGGAUCGCCCAUCCAGAACCCUUGGCUGGUUCACAUCAUGCUGGAUGUCGCCAACAUGCUGGCCCUUCUGAACACAGCCAUCAACUUCUUCCUCUACUGCUUUAUCAGCAAACGGUUCCGCACCAUGGCAGCGGCUACACUCAAGGCCUUGUUCAAGUGCCAGAAGCAGCCUGUGCAGUUCUACACCAACCAUAACUUUUCCAUAACAAGUAGUCCCUGGAUCUCUCCAGCAAACUCACACUGCAUCAAGAUGCUGGUGUACCAGUACGACAAACACGGAAAACCUAUAAAAGUGUCUCCAUGACCCUAUAGGGCUGGCACUUGUGCCUUUUGUGUAAUCUGUUUCCAGAUGAGAGGUUGUCCCAUGCUCUGGCUUGAACAGCUCUCCUUAAGAGUGCUAACCUGAUUUCCUCUCUCCACAGACUGCGCAGCUCUCAGACUGGCAGGAUGAGAAGAGGAAAGAGAAGGAAGGAGAGAAUACAUCUUGUUUUUCUUCGUGCACUUAUUUUCACAAAUUCACAAAGGUAGUCACGGUGCCUGCUGGCUUAAAGAUGCCAUUGGCAGUUAUAAAUGUUAUAAAUGCCAUAAUACCGUGACCAAUAAAGACCACAGUAGAGUAGUUAUUGCUGGUACCAUCUACAGCUACUAGGAACCAACCGCUCCAAUUGUGGUCCACCAAGCCACCACAGUGUGUAGCUGAGCCAUACUCUUCUCCCAAGAGUUGAGGUUACCCAUUGAUUCCCUGUACUAUUUCCAGCAGCCAACAGGAUUGACUGAUUUGGGAUUUUUUUUUUCCAAGAUACCCUUUGUCCUAGAAAGGGUUGUGUUCUCCCAGUGACCCUAGCAACUCUGGCUGCAGAAUGACAGCGUGGGGAGAGGGAAGUGUCAAGUAUCAUCCAAACUGUCCCUGGAAUGUCUAUGGGGAGGUUCCAAACAAACAUGACUAUGUCCCUUAGACCUGGCGUCUAAGGUAUAGUUUUCUAUUUGCCAUAAUGUGUAGAUCUUUUUUAUGUCUCCUCUAAAACAAAGACCCUGCCUGGUGUGUAGGGGGAAGGAGGAAUUCUUGAGCCCAGAAAAACAAAAAAAUCAAGCCCACUCUUGCCUCUGUUUCAACUCAUCCCUGUGUGAGCUGUAUGUGAUAUUUGCAUCCAACAUCACUUCUUGCUAGAGCACUGCACACACUUCCCGGAGACGCCUUCUGUGUGUCAAGUUCUUAGCCCUGCAUCCUUGCUUGCUCAAGCCCUCGGCAAAUGCUUUCCAUGAAGUGACUCCUUAACCGGAGAUACUAGUCCAGGGGUCAGAAACUGUAACUCUUCUGUUGAGAAGGGCUGCCUAGAUCCCACCACAGCCCAAGCUGGCAUGGCCGUAGAAGACCCUAAAUACAGACACAACUUUCAUGGAGGGGUGACUGUGCCAACUAUUGGUCUGUCCUUUGUUGUAAGUGACUCAGUCAGGUGGUGCCUGUUAUCAAACUCAGAUGCUUUUCAUAGGUGAUAAAAAAAAAUUUAUUAUCCUCCCUUUGCCUAGAUUUGUAAGAACAAAUCUAGGAUGCAGUGGAUAGGGCUUGCCCUGAGAAUUACCCUGUCUAUGUGCAGACAUAGAGUGCACACAUAUAGACCUGAGUAUAUUAAACUGGGCCUGUGGCGCCCUUUAAAGGGAAUAUUCAUGCUAGAGUCCCUAUUGUUUGGCAUUUUAUUUGUGUCCCUUUUCCAGAUUCCCAGUAUUUAAACCCAUUCCUGGUUUGGAAGAAAUCUUCCAAAAUGAUUUUGAAACUGCAUGACAUUUUGGUGACCAAAUUAAACAUAGUUACCUGGACCACUUGGUUCCAUAGGCUUGAUUUUUAUUGCAUUUUCUCCGAGUUGGAAGGCAUGUCUCUGUCAUCUUAAGGGGUUCCUCAGCAAUGGAAUGGGAUGAAAAGGUCCCUGGGCCAACACAAGUGCUAAACUUUGGCCAAGGCCCUUCAGUACUAACUCAGUGUGGUUUGGGAUUGUAUUGUUCCUGAUGGUGUUAGUUUUUAUCCCUUUAAAACGGCUUAUGCAAGAGUCUCACCAGACCCUAUGGUUAGAUUCAAAAGUCAAUGCAAAAGAGAAUGACCUCAUGGGGCCGUGGUUCCUGUGCAUAGUCCCUUGGGAAAGAGGACCUUUGAACACCCAAGAAGCUACAUUUUUCUCCAGUGUUGGGACAGGUUACUGAUACUGUGGUUGACGACAAUAGUCAGCUGGUGUUUAGGGAAUGUGUUGCAUCAUCGGGGUGUGUCUGAGAACAUCGGGACCUGGAUGCAGCAAGCCACGACCCCUGAAGAGUUUGCAGAAGUUAUCCACGUGAGGGAGCAGCAGAGUCCUAGCUUCCAUCUCGCUUGCCCCCCAGAGCAUAUGUUCAGUCAGUGAAAUGUGAGCAAAAUCCCCCACAUCUCUUGAAUUGCAUUUCUUCCUCCCCGAGCAUGUACAACUGAAUGUAUGUUCAUUAGCUGUGUGUAUGAACCAAUUCCACGGCACCCCCAUAAGUAAACACUGACCAAAGGCUACCUAUGCUGAAUAUGUAUUAUAUAUAUGUGUGUGUUUAUUUAUUUUUAAAGUGCAUAUCUCUGAAAAUGUUAGUUUGAGCUAUACAUACGUAAUUCAAAGUGCAAUAUAUUUAAAAGUCAAGCGAUUCCUUUUUGAGGACGUACACAAGGUGGAGAGUGAGCCUCUGACUCUCAACACUGUCUGCUCUGUGGUUUUAAUUGUACUGAAAACAAUUAAUUGCUUAAAAGCUGUGUUUCACCUGGGAAUGCUUUCCCCAGACACUCAUUUACUACUUUUCUUAACAGUAGAGGUUCUACCAGGUAGGAUGGCAGCCUCUCUCUUUUCUGACUACAUUUUCUAUUUCUCUUUUAAGCUAAUCCAUGAAGGCACUCCAGAGAGUUGCUGCUGCAUCUUCUGUUUAAAAUGCACAUGGGUUAGGUUGAUAUAAAUAAAUAUAAAUAUAUACAAUCAACCUAACCCAAAAGAUAUAUAUGUAUAUAUAUACAUAUAUAUAUAUAUCACCUAAAGUUUAAGUUUAUUUAUGGUCACAGAGGGGAAAUUCAUUUUAUUAUUGAUAAUAAUAAUAAUGGACAAUGGUGAAGUUCUUUUUAACUUAAAAAAUUAUAAGCCUUUUCAUUCUGGCCAGGUUUGGAAACGAAGCCUUGACUAUUGAAGCCUGUCACAUAAACAGCUGAUGCUAAGGGCAAGCCCCUUAGCCUGGGUUUUUGUGGUGCUUCUUUCAAAGACUGUUCACUAUCACCUCCAUUGCUGUAUGAUUUGUGUCCUUGAACAUGGUGACAGUGCCAUACAUGUACAUGCCAAGUCUUUUCCUUAGCAACUGGAGGCUUGGGGAAGGAAAGAAGAGGUACAGCAGACAACCCAUAAAAGGAUAAGCCAUGUGAAGGCAUGAACACCCAUGUUCCAAAAACCUUGCAAUAGAAAAGGGUUAUUUUUGCACAGUUGGUGCCUAUUUGUCCGAUAUGGGGAGCCUUUGAAAGUGCAUUAAGGACUCUAAUGUUGACUACUACUGCUCAAAAAUGGAACGGGAGGCUACUGUCGUAAAAUAGUAAAUGCUCUUAUUUUCUUAACUAGAUAAUAUAUUGUGUUUGGACUAGUUUGUAUUCUAAUAAAUUCUAAUAUGGUGCGCACUUGGUGUUUGCUAUUUGCAUAUAUGUUUGAUCAACUGCAGAAUGCUGGUAUUUAUUCAUGUUAUUUUUAAUUGAUAAAUCAUAAUGAUAUACAUUUAUGGGGUGCAAUGUGAUGUUUUGAUAUAUGUAUUAAA